UCUUGUCCCGAUGCAUGUACACAUUAAACGAGUAAAGUGAACCAACGGCAUGUCUUUGGUACGCCACAACAACUCCUACGAGAUGUCUUCGUAUGACGACAGCUCCGACUCGGGUUUCGAGAUGUCCUUCGUCUCCAAAUCGGAAACCAUCACGGAAUAUGAUCAUGGCAGUGAUUUCAUCGACUUUGACAUGGACCAAUCACCUCAGGAUCGAUUAUUAAACACUCCAAGGAAACAACUACUCUACGAGAGAUUCAGCAGUGCUUUUCACAAAGGUGCCAAUCCAGAGGAAUAUGUUUCGGACGUGCAGGUAACACCUCCACAGAAUUGGGGGUAUGAAGAGUUUAAUAAACCAAAUAUACCAUCGACAGUUACAACUGGAUUAGUUGUAAAUCGUAAUUUGUUUCCUGGAGAGCCUACAGAAGAAGAUUUUCAAUGUUUAAAUGCAAAUAUGACAUCAACACCUCAAAAGUCUUCUUCUAGAAGUGAUAAAACUGAUAAAACUGAACAAAAACCAAAGAGACGCUAUGCAACUGGCAGAAACCGUGUAUCAAGAGCAAAAAGUCCUUCGCAAAUCAUGAAAAUAAAACGCACAAGACGCAUGAAAGCAAACGACCGGGAACGUAACCGAAUGCACAUGCUCAACGAAGCUUUAGAUAAACUCCGAAUGGUCCUACCAGCAUUCCCCGAAGACACAAAACUAACCAAAAUAGAAACACUGCGUUUUGCACAUAAUUACAUCAACGCCCUGGGAGAAGCAUCCAAAGACAUCGAUAAAUAUUCCAACGGUGAUAAUCUAAUCAUACAAGUUGGUAAUGUCACCGUGGCCAUCAAUAAAGACGGCAACAAAAUCACUCAGGACCAAAAUCACUCGUCUCAUCAGUAUUUCAGCACGGCGGUUGUGACGAGCGGAAGCAUCACCAACGCCAGCUUCAUGCAGGAUUACAACGAGCCGAAUCAUUUAAAGUACAAUUCGUAUUCGUCCUCGUCGCCAAUGAUGGACGAUCUGUAUGAAUCUCCGGCGAAGGCAACAAAGUAUGACUAUCAGUGUGCUAAUCCUAACUAUGAGAAUUAUUACCAUCCUAGUCAUCAUAGUCAUCAUAGUCAGCAUCAUGGCGGCCAGGAUUACUACAACUAUGACAAGUUUCAACAUUAUAAUAACAAUGCGAUGUUUGAGUGCUUGUAAUAGGAGUAAGUGUGUUGUAAACGAUGAUAUUGUGCAAAAUGAUGGAUCGAUGCUAGUCAAUAUGCAAUGUGAAUGAAUCUACAUAACAAUAGUGGGAUAAAUUGUGUAUAUUUAAAAUUUGCAGAUGGAAAUUUAUUAAAAUUUAAUGUAUUUUUACGGGAAAAUAUCAAAAGAAAACAAAAAAUACUUAGUUUUAAUGAAAAAAUUAGAAAUAUGUUAAAUUUUAAUCAAAAUGGCGGAUUUUUGCAAGUUUUACAUGACAAUAAUGAUAUAAAUUGUUAUAUCAAAAAUUUGCAGAUGUAAAUUUACUCAAAUUUAACGUAUUUCCUUGAUAAACAUUCAUUAGAAGACAAAAA